AUGGCCAUGUUUGGAUACUCUAACUCAGUUAGAGGGUUAGAUGGAGCGUGGACACGGCGAGGCGCCUUCACGGGCAGUGCGAGAGGGAGGGAGCGAGAGGACAAGAAGCUUCGAGGAAGUGAGGAGGGAUAUGCCUCGGGAAGAGCGAGAGAAAAAGGUGGGCCCAACAGGUCGGUGGCCCACCUAUCAUGCAGCCAAAGACAGUUGCGGUUAAGGCGAGAGGGCAUUCUUUGUAAUGCCCUGACCCUAAUAAAGCGAGAGAUGGUUGUGCACGAGGAGGGCGAGAUCAUGCAGACGGAACAGGACCCAACGAUGGAGCUCUCUAUGGUCUCGAUGGACCUCACCUUGCUCCACUGCCCCUUGUGCCUCCGCCCCUUGAAGCCUCUAGUGUAUGAGUGCAAGGGAGGGCACCUGGCUUGCGCGGACUACCACGUCGAGCGCCCCGGGAACCAGCGGCAGUGUCAGAAGUGCGAGCGCGGCGGUGGCUUCGACGUGCAGAACUUGGCGGUGGACGUCGUCCUCUCCUCGGUGAGGGUGGAGUGCCCGCACGAAGGCUGUGGGCUCUACAUCACUUACCACAAGCUCGCCGAUCUCCAGAGCAUGUGUCCGCUCGCGCCUUGCAAAUGCCCUGUGCUCAUCUGCGGCUAUGAAGGCCCGCUGCCGGUGCUCUCCCACCACAUCAGCACCGUGCAUCCCAUGCCCGUGCACAGGAUCCAAGCGGGGGCGUCCCCACUACCGCACUACGUGGCCAAGCUAUGGGCGAACGGCUCGCUGGGGGAGCCCAAAGGCAGGACCGACGCCGUCAAGGUGGAAAUGGAGGUGACAAGCAGCAGGGAUCCCGGCGACGUCGCCGUGUAG